AUGACCGACACCAUGAAGCAAAUGACCAUUGAUGCGAAGAAAGCUUCUGAAGCCGAGCACAACAUGACCUUGCUCCAAGGCAUCAGAUUGUAUCCCAAGGCGAUCGCAUGGAGCGUUCUUAUCUCGACUUGCAUUGCUAUGGAAGGUUAUCAGGUUGCUCUGGUCAACAACUUCUACGCCUUCGACACGUUCAACGAGAAAUACGGUGUGCUUACUGCCGAUGGCAGUCACCAGGUUCCUGCGCCCUGGCAGGCAGGUUUGAGCAACGGCGCCAAUUGUGGAGAAUUCAUCGGUCUCCUCAUCAACGGAUGGGUGAGCGAGCGUUUCGGAUAUCGAAGGACGGUCAUGGGAUGUCUGAUCCUCAUCAUUGCGUUCAUCACCAUCUUCUUCACGGCACCGAACGUCAAAGUCCUCCUCGUAGGCGAGAUUCUUUGCGGUAUUCCGUGGGGUGUCUUCCAGACUCUCACAAUCACAUACGCUUCCGAAGUCUGUCCAGUCGCUCUUCGUGGCUACCUGACCACAUAUGUCAACAUGUGCUGGGGUCUUGGACAAUUGAUCGCUAUAGGUGUCAUUAGAUCGAUGCUGCACCGGACCGAUCAAUGGGCAUACCGGAUUCCGUACGCUCUGCAAUGGAUGUGGCCAGUGCCUCUUCUCGUUGGCAUCGCGCUCGCUCCAGAGUCGCCUUGGUGGCUGGUGCGUCGAGGACGUCUCGAAGACGCAAAGAAGGCACUGCUCCGCCUCACAUCCAAGAAUCGUGAGACCGAUUUCAACGCAGACGAGACAAUUGCCAUGAUGGCGCACACGACCGCUCUCGAGGAGAAUAUUACUACCGGCGCUUCUUACUUCGACUGCUUCCGAGGGACCGAUCUUCGCCGCACUGAGAUCGUUUGCAUGUGUUGGGCAAUGCAGAACCUUGCAGGCAACUCCUUCUCGAACUAUUCCACCUACUUCCUCGAACAGGCCGGUGUCAGUCAGGACAACUCAUACAACUUUGCUAUGGGUCAGUACGCCAUCAAUAUGGUCGGUGUCUUCGGUGCUUGGGGACUGAUGUCGAUCGGUAUUGGUCGCCGUUCUCUGUACCUCUACGGGCUUUGCGGGCUCACGACAAUGCUUCUCAUUAUGGGUUUCCUCGGCCUCGUUGAUGAUCGAAAGGCUGGCGGACUCGCAACUGGAAGCAUCAUGAUUGCCUGGGCUUUGGUCUACCAACUCACGGUCGGAACUGUCUGCUAUUCUCUAGUCGCCGAAAUCUCGACUCGUCGCUUGCAGAUCAAGACCGUAGUCCUCGGUCGCAACCUAUACAUUAUCGUCGGAAUUAUCUGCUCGGUCCUGACUCCAUACAUGAUCAAUCCCAGCGCUUGGGAUUGGGGCAACUACGCAGGAUUCUUCUGGGCCGGUAUCGCCUUCCUGUGCUGCAUCUACACGUUCUUCCGCGUGCCUGAACCAAGAGGCAGGACUUUUGCCGAGCUGGACUUGUUGUUCGAGAGAAAUGUCAGCGCAAGGAAGUUCGCAACUACGGAAGUCGAUGUUUUUGAUGAAACACUGGACAAUAGUGUUGUUUCCAAUUACAAGGAUGGCUUGGCUGCAGAGCACUCUGAGGGCAACAAGGCCUUUGAUCAGUGA